AUGUGUGGUUGUCGAGAGAUGGAAAGCUAUGAGGACUUCUGUCUGCGGAGUUUGGACAUACUGCAAGAGGAGGGUACAUUCAAGAAGAGGACAUGUGAUCCACUGUGUUCCCUGAAGGCUUGCUCUGUCAUCCGCUUUCAUGGACGAGCAGUGCUUUCACCUCUGUUGAGUGUAGAGCAGCGCAAUGAGAUGUGUGACUACAGACAGAGGGCAGUCCAGCUGGAGUUGGACAUGCAGAGCAAGCAGAGAGACAAGCUUUUGGCCCGGGUUCAAGACAUACUGGACCAAGCUCAGGCACACAAAGUUCCGAGUGAAGAGGCUGACAAAUUGCCAGUUUCUAAAUCUGCGACAGUCAAUGGCUACACUCUGGUCACUGACUCACCUGGACUUACUAGAGACUCCGGACUUGGGCUUCAAACAAACAAUCAGACUGCCUCUACAUGCUCUGAUACUGCCAUCCUCAAUGGCUACAAGGCAGUGGAGGAAGUAAAGGUAGAGACAGAAGAGAAGAGUGAGGAGGAAGAGGAAGAGGAGGAGGAUAUUAGUUUGGACAGCCUUCUCAAGCGAUCAAGGGAGUAUGUGAAGAGAGAGCAGAGUCAGGGGUCAAGAGCUGUCCACACAGUCACUCGGACGCCCCCACCUGAGACUGUCUCUGAGCAGGACAAUAAGACCCGUAGUCCCAUGGGGAAUACUGGCGUUGAGUUUGGAUUCAGUCUGCACCAUAGCCCUAAUGGCCCACCUCAGACCCAGAUCCAGCAUCAAACUCUGUACGAUCCCAAUCCCCAACAAUCUGCCAGUCUCUCCCCUAGUCUACCUGAUCGGUAUGUCCGUCUCCCCAGUCCAGAGUCCAGCAUUAGUCCCCGAGCACAUAGACGCAGACCACGCCCAGUGUCUACAGGAAACAUCCAUUUCUCAUUCCCCAUCGGCCCAGCAGAUCUUAUUCCCCGAAGCCCAGGAAGGUCAGGGGAAGGUGCUGGCAUGGUGGACUGGGGUGAAGCGUUCUCAGGGGCCACAAGGUCCCCUGAUCACUGGGGCCCAAUGGGGAUUGAAAGUGGGGUAGGUGUUAGCAGUAGUGGCAAUCGACGAUCCAGCCAUUGUGGUACCAGUCCAGUGCAGGAGGUCUGUAGCCCUGUCAACACCUCAGGGCACAGCCCGAUGGGUCAACAUGACAUUUUGGCCUCAGGAUUUCGCCGGCGCUGUCACACCUUGGACAGUCAGCUGCAUACGUACCACGCUGGACUUGAGCAUAUAGACCGCAGCCAGGAGAGGGUCCCUCGUUUCAUGGCAGGAAUUACAUGGUUGGCCCCAAGUCGGCGGAACCCUGUAGCCCCCUUGAACCAGUCAUAUGAGAUAGAGAAUCCCUCACCAUCCCUGCUGAGGCCCCGCGUGAAACAUGACUUGACACAGGUCAAACUCAAGAUGGAGCCUGAUGAACCUCAAGUGUCACACAAUGGCAGGAUCACACCAACUGUGCUCAGAAAUGCAGCCGAGGCACAGGCCAGAGAGACAGGGGGGACCCAGAGGCGAGCACACGCUCUUGAGGACAUGCAAUGGCGUCUAGAGGAGGAGCAUGCCUUGCAGAUGUCUCUGCUCCUGGCUGAGCAGGAGAAAGAGCAACAGCGCCUCUGUCUGGAGUUGGAGGAGACCGAGAGAAAGCCGAAGGAGCAGGAGUGUGUGCGGCCUCUGAGUGGGGAUGCUUGUAGGUGGAACCGCAGGUCUGUGAGUGACAGCUGUCCUGCUGUGAGCCCCUCUUGCCCUGGACUAAGCCCUGCCCACACACCAGCAGAAAGAUCACCUGGACACAGUAUGGGUUUUCCCAGUCCUGUCAGUUCCAGUGUGUCCUCUCCCUCUGUCCAGCCUCCUGUCUAUGUGUGGGGACCCAAUUGGGUAGCUAACAAACCUCGGGCAAGGCUAAGUCUGGUUCUGACAGCAGAACAGCAGAGAGCAUUGUGUCGAAUUGGUGCCAUCACUCGCGGCUUCCUCACACGCAGACUGCUCAAAAUAGACAAGGUCAAACACCUGCGUCAGACCAUCGUGGAUACACAAGAGUUCAUCCGUUCAUUCAAGACUGAAGCUCCACAGAAGAAGGGCAGCUUUUCAGCACAAGAUGUCUCCCUGCAGGAGAGAGUUAGAGCCCAGUUACGUGCAGCCCUUUAUGACAUCCAUGAAAUCUUCUUUGAAAUGCCUCUGGAGGAACGAUUAGCAUUGCUGCAGCAGGACAGAGAGCUCCGUGCAGAGAGGAAGUUACGCGACAUGGAGAAAUCCAAGUGCCCCAAGGAGAGAGGGGUUCUGUCUGCUGCCACACAGAGGUCUCUGGACCGUAAAAAGAGGGUUGGUGAAUCCCCAGCCCAGGCUAGGAAGAUGCAGCAGAAGCCAAAGAGCCCCACAACCAACAGAGUCCUGAAGCCAAGCCAAGGUCAAAAUUCUCCUGUCUCAAACCAGCUGAACCGUCAGGGGAGCUGGUACAGAAAAACCCCAGAGGAAAGAGUGAGGCGCUCAGAUAACCUGAAGAAGCAGCACUCUCUGGGUUGAUGGGUAACACAGCAUCCCCUGACCCGUGAACUUGAAUUUUUAAUCUUUUUAAUACCUUGGACCACUGAUACUCCAGUCAGCGCUGCUAACAAGGUGAUUGUGUUUAAUCUACCCUCUGAUAUUCAGAUGAUUGUAUACACUAUCGCACUUAAGCCACCAAUAUACUCAAUCACAAUGCCAUUGUUUUUUAUUGUGGUAGCUUGCUCAAAUAGUUUCUAGUGUCCUUAACUGAUUGUUGUACAAGAAAAUUCACAUGUAGCUGCUGUAUUUAAUGACUUGGUAGGUAAUUUUUUUGGUAAGUAGCUGUACAUAAAUGCAAGCUAGAAGACGGUUAGAGCUUAAGGGAAAAAAGUAACUGUGCCUAAGAACUAUGCCUUUGCUAUCUGUAAUAUUUUAGCAUGCAUAUACUUAAUAAUUGUAGUCAUAAACAUAUAGUGCUUAUAUCUGUAAGUAACU